AUGGUUCUCGAUUUGGUGGUUCAUGACUACAGUUAUAGUCUACCACAGACAUGCGCCUUAAAAGUGGACAUCAACUAUUCCGGAUGGCAUAAGACUAUGUUGAAAGUAUUGAAGAAAAUCAUAGGUAUACCAUACGACAUAGACGUGAAUGAAGGGAUGGCAUAUGUUUCUGGAAAAGUAGAUCCACACACGAUUUUGAAGAAGCUAGUGUAAGGUGGAAAACAUGCUGAACUCUGCUGGGUUGAGAUUGGAGAUCCUUAUAGGACAAGUGACUCUUAUGGUCUUGAUUAUCUAAGAGAUCACUCUCACUGGACUGGUUACCAAGAAGACUGAUCCUAUUGGGAUGGUUAUGGAUAGUCAUAUAGUUCCUACCUCCCCUAUCAGCCUUGGACCCGCCAUCACUAUCUGCCACAUGCAUCCUACUCAUAUUACUAUUGAUCAUAGAUUAACAUUAUCUAGGGUUUGGAAUGUGUCAUGAUGAAAUAUUUUAGGGUUCUUCAUGACAUGUGAUUUCAUUCUGUUAUUGAUGCGUAGUAUCCAUGAUUUUUACUAUAUCAGAUACUAUAUAUAUAUAUAUAUAUAUAUGAGAUUCAAAGUUGUAAUAUUUUCCCACUUUAUUUGCUUUGUUUUAGGACGGAUCCGUUGUUUAAGGCUGUUGAAGGAGAUGAUUGCCAGUUAUAUGCUCCCAGCAAUCAAGAUGAUGCUGGUUUUACUAAGCUGCAGACUCGAAAGGAGUGUCCUAAAACAUCGAUGCCCAACAAGGGUUGGCAUAUAUAUCGGGCAAUAUAGAGUUCCCAGCUAUGCUUCUGAAGAUGCUGGCAAAAACAGGAAAGUAUGCAGAACUGUAUUGGGUGGGUUCCAUGCAUCAGAAUAGGAACAACCCACUUGUACGUACAAGGAGAAGUUUUUCACAUUGAAUUUGGCAAUAGUAAAUAUGCAAGACUGAGCUAUAUAUGGCCAUGGAAACUAUAAUCAAUAUGGGAUAUUACUUAAGGCAAUAACCAAAUACAUGGAAGAGUGGGUUACUAUAUAUGGGGAUGAUCCUCAUAGCUCAUAUCCUGAUGAACAAAACCCACGGCGCUGCUCUGAGAUGGUGUCUCAGUCCUGAUCUCCGAUUGCACCACCGCUUGUAGACGGCUGUUCACAAGCACUGCCGAUGGCUAAUAAUGACAGUAUUUUGUAACAAAACAGGUUUAAUCUUUCCAACACAUUUGGAAUAUAUAAUUUGGAUUUGAAGCUGAUCAUAGUGUUCUUGUAAGAACUAUAAAAAACUUGAGCGAAAGAUAGAUAGACAUAUACAUGAAGUGAGUCAUAUGAUAUUUA